AACCAGGAUAGUUAACGCACUCCGGACUCAUAAAAUCAUUCAUCGCACGGAAGGAUCCGCUUUCCAACCACACUGCUAUUACAAUAUUAACAGCUAUCAAAUAUACAGAAGUUGAGAAAUAAAGUAAUUGGAUGGUUARAUGCUACAACUUCAGUGAUACUGAAUAUGAGAACAGAUAUUAAAUUUAUCAUUGGAAAUCACACAUUAAAACAAAUCAAAUGAAAGUUCACAAAAUUUYAUUAAGCUAUUCAGAAACUGAAGAUUUUAAUGAUAGUAGGUACUAUUAAAGACAAGGACUAGAAGGAAGACGAAAGCUCAGAAACAUCAUCAGAAAUGUCUAAACCAGAAUGUGAUGACAUUUUAACUAGUGAUUCCGCUUCAUGGUAAACCUGGAUCCGGUAUCUAUGCAUGUGAUUCGCAAAUUGCAAAGUUGAGGAUUAAUUGCUAACGACAAUACACUAAAAUGUAAAAAUGGCCAUUUUUUAAAGCUAUAUCCUUCUUCCAACGCUUGUGACGGAUUUGUGUGGCGAUGCAGAGAGUACAUUACAACGAGAAAACAAAAAAAAAAUAGAUGUGAACAUGUUCAGUCUUUACGAAAAAAUACAUUUUUUUGUAAAUCACAUUUGUCACUAUACCGAAUCGUCGUAUUUUCAUAUUUAUGGAUAGAAAAUGUUUCUUUGAAAUUUUUAUCAAAACAAGUAAAAAUAUCGAAUAGUGUUGCGGUUGACUGGGCUUCGUUUCAUCGGGAGGUUGUAUUUGAUGCGAUGAUUGUACGGCAUAAUAAAAUUGGGGGAGUUGAUAAGAUUGUCGAAAUUGAUGAAUCAAAGUUUGGCAAACGAAAGUAUCACCGUGGUCACCGGGUUGAAGGACAGUGGUUAUUUGGAGGUGUAGAACGGGGAUCCAGAAAAUGUUUUCUCAUUCCAGUGGAGUUCAGGGAUAAAAAUACAUUAUUGGCUAUAAUAAAAGAAUGGAUUUUACCAGGCACUACCAUAAUAAGUGAUUGUUGGAAGAGCUACGACUGUUUAAAGGAUGAAGGGUAUGCUGUAUGCUCACUUAACAGUGAACCAUUCCAUUAAUUUUAAAGACCCCAAAACGCAUGCUCAUACAAAUAAUGUGGAGGCAUGCGAAAGCAUCGCUCUCCCAAUUUAAUAGAAAAAAACAUUUUUACGCCGGAUACAUGGCAAAAUGUAUGUUUUUGAAACAGUGCCGUGCCYAAAAACUUGAACCAUUAUCUGCAUUUUUCGAACUUGCUGGAUAUUUAUAUUCACCAGCUGCACACGUUGAAAACGAGGAUUACGUAACCGACGA